AUGGUGCCCAGCUUGCCCACAUCGCGAAUCGUAAAAAAAAUCGCCACCGAACCUCAAAGCAUUGUUGAAGGUCGCUCUCUGUGCGUGGGAAUGCUAGCGGCUACAGGCACGAUUGUGCAACAGUGCAGGCGGAUGAUUUCAAAAAAUCCAGCAUGUCGUAAUUGUUUGUAA